CCGGGGAGAUGCGCUCUCCUAUUCGCCGUCGUACCAGCACUACUACGACUUCGCCGGGACGCGGGAGCUAAAGGUCGCACUCGUGGGAUUCUUCGAGAGGCACUUCUGCCCCGCCAAGGACAUAGGCGAGGACCAGAUCGUCGUGCUGAACGGAGUGACGUCAUGCCUCGACGCUUUGAGCCACGCCCUUUGCGACCCUGGUGACGUCAUAAUCACGCCCACUCCUGUGUACGCCCGCAUGUUCACGGACGUCCAUGAUCGGGCGGGGGCAGAGGUGUUGCCCCUCGUACUGCGUCAAGGAGGUCAAUUCCUCCAGUGAGAGCUUCCUGCUCCGUGCGGAGGAUCUGGAGGCGCGGAUCGAGGCCCUGCGUCAGGAGGGGCGCCGCGUGAGGGCCUUCAUGCUCGUGCACCCCAACAACCCGCUCGGCGAUGUGUACUCCCCCCAGCUCCUCACCGACCUCAUGGGCGUCUGCGCGAGACACGAGGUCCACUUCAUCAGCGACGAAAUCUACGCCCUUUCCAUUUUCACUGACGAAGACGAGCCUUCCUCUCGCCCGCCCUUCCACAGCGUCCUCAGCCUUCCUCACCCGGAUCCAGAACGCACUCACGUCUUGUGGGGGCUGAGUAAGGAUUUCGGGCUCGCUGGCCUCCGAGUGGGCGUGGUGGUCAGCCGCUGCGUCGAGCUCAUGGCUUGCCUGCGCGCCCUCGCCAUCUACAAGUGCACGCCGCAGCUCGUGCACCAGGCGUCGGCGGCGCUGCUCUCGGACACAGCCUGGUGUGACGACCUCUACCUCCGACUGAACAGCGAGAGGCUCGGCCGUACUUACAAGCGAGCCCGUGGGCGUCUGGAGGCGAUGGGCGCCCGCGUGAGAGAGGCGAGGGCGGGCCUCUUUGUCUGGUUUUCCAUCCGGGACCUCAUGGAGACUGACAGCGCCGAGGAGGAGAUGGAAAUCCACGCCCAGCUGAUGCGUGCGGGCGUGUACGUGGUGCCCGGGAGCAAGCUGUACGGCGCCGACCCGGGCUGGAUCCGUCUCAUCUUCAGCGUCGGGGAAGAGGAGCUCGACGAAGGUCUCAGGAGAAUUGAGUCUGUCCUAAAGAAGAGGAGGGAGAAGACAGCGUGAUUGGAAGAAGACACACAUGAAAUCUUACUCGCGUUUUUCUAUUACUAUGCCUUCACUGUUACAAAGCUGCCUGGUCGUAGAAAUUAUCCUGAAUGUUUGUAAGUUUCUCCUCUCUUUCAGAAAACAUUAAACGAUCUUUUUCCAAAA